UUAUUUGUUUUUGGCACGAAAUUUUCUGUCCUCAAACCCUUCUGUCGUCUUAUUUUAAUACACUCUCAACCAUUAGAUUGUAUCUUAAAAUUUUAGUACCUUCAAUUUUUCACAUAAUUCAAUAAUUGAGAAUGCAUUGCGAUAGUAGGAUGAAAAAAAAAUUGAUAACAAAAAUUCUGAACCUAUUUUUCAUCAAUCAAUCACCUUACAUGAUCUCAUCUCCACAUAAUAUUAAAUGGGUAUUAUCAAUCAUAGAGCACAUGAUGUCCAACCCUAUAUGGCUUCAUAGUCUGCCCAUAGACAGCUUCAUCUUUAUAGAUAACAAAUAUAAAAGAUAACAACCCCAAGAUAUCCCAUGUGGGUCUCUUCUCUAACUUCUUGAGUUGAGAAAAUUGUGUGCAAUUAUGGACCAUAUUGAUGAACCUUUUGAGUCCUCUUCUAAUAUCAGAGAUGAGAAAGUUGAUGCAGCAGAGGACCUCUUGGAAGAAUGUUGGUUCUUUGGAAAUUUGCUUGAUAGGAAAACAAAGAGUCUGCUGAGAUGUUACUGUGAUCCUUGUCCUUCCUCAAUCUAUGGCCAAGAGAUGUUGGUUAAGAACUCCAGUGGCAAGAAGUCUUCAUCAUCAUCAAUCAAGAAACUAUCUCAAGGUGAUGGUUUUGUUUGUCCUGAUUUGAUUAGGACACCAUCGUUGCCAUGUUGUGUGUUGAGGGAUGAGGGGAGUGAAGAAAAAGAAAGUGAUUUCAAAGGCAUGAGGAAGCCUACCCCACAAGCACCGUCGUCGCGCUCUGAAUCUUUUGGAGAUGGGGGGAAAAUGAGGUGUCAACAGUCACAACACAACUUGCUCCGGACACCUUCUUUGCCACCUUGUAUUGGGAGGGAAGAAGAUGAAGAAAGUGAAUUUUCUAUGAGCAAGUUGAUUAGGCAAGCUUCCCUGAAGUACCCCUCGGAUGUGUUGCCGCCUAGGCAUACUUCAAAGGGGACAAAACAAAGUUCUAGCAGGCAUCAUCACCCAGGAAAAAACCCAGAACUAGAAAGCGUAAACAUGGAAGCAUGUAACGAAAUGAGGUACCAAACAAAGAUGAAGAAGAGCAUGAAUGAUCUUGAAUCCAAACAAUUGCAAGGAUUCAAGGACUUGGGAUUCAAAUUCGACAAAAAAGAUUUGAAACCAAGUGUAGUCAACAUAAUUCCAGGUUUGCAAGAGAAGAACAGAGCGUAUUUCGAUGAAGACAAGGCAAGGAAGCCAUAUCUAUCUGAGUCAUGGAUGGUACAUAGCUCUUCUCCUCCAAUUCCAAAUUGGUUUGAUAAGAAGAACUCAUCAAGAGAGGACAUGAAGGCACAGAUCAAGUUUUGGGCUAGAUCGGUUGCUGCUAAUGUGCGCUAAGAUUGUCAAUAAUUGAGUUUUUUCAAUACAAUUCUAAUCAAGAGUUUAACAUUGUCGA